GGAUUCAGUGAGGGUUGUCUCACCAGGGUGACCGACAUGGGGAGGGCACAGCGCCGUCAGCAUGAGGCUGCCGCGGACCAUGUGCAGGACACAUUCUGGGCCCGCUCCCCUGUCUAUCGGUACCUGGUUGUCGGCCUGAAGGUCGACAACAAGGGGGUCAUGAUGCUCCGUUGCACGUUUUGCAACAAAGUUUUCCAAGGGACCCAGUUUCAGGCCACGAGGCACUUCUUGCAGACAAACUACUGCAAGGACGUGAGCGACGAGGCGUUGUACGAGAUUGCUCGACGGACUCAGCAGAAGUUCGAGGCCGAUCAGAUGGAGAGGGUUGCGAGGUAUGUGGCGGAGCGCGGACUCGAUGUGCCCGGCACGGGUGGUGCAAGGGGAGGAGAGGCGGGGCGGCGUCCGCCGGAGGGAGGGGUCGGGGGAGAUGGUGGGCAUGGUGCGGCAGACCCCACUUUGGGUGGUGGAGGCGGUGAGACGGAGGAGGGCGUGAUCCACAUGGAUGGCGAGGCGCGUGGCCCGGGUGAGGAGGGAGUCCCGGAACGGGAGGACGUGCCUGAGGUUUAUCCGGGCACUAGCGAGAGGUUGGAGGAAUGGCGGAGGCGAGCAGGCAAGGGAGCUGCAACGGAGGGGUCUUCCAAGAGGAAGGAAGGAGGGAGUGAUCCGGCUGCCACCCCAGCAGGGAAGAGGCUUCGCCAGCAGAAGGUGACUGAUGUCUACGGUGGCGAGUGGGUUGCUCGCCACAAGAAGGCAUUCCUUCGCUGGUUGUAUUCCAGCGGGGUCUCCUUCAAUGCCUUCCGCAACCAGGCGUGGAAGGCAUAUCAACAGGUGCUUCUUGAGCAGCCUGGCAGUUCCCAGCGCGCAGUGCUCCCCAACCACUGCGAGAUUGCGAGUAUGCGGGCGGUGGAGACCCACCGUGCGGAGUUGGCGGAGGAGUUGGAGGAGGUGAGGCAGCCAUUCUGGGUGAUUGGUGCCACCCUCCUCUCCGAUGGGAAGAAAUCACGAGACGGGAGACCGAUCAUGAAUUUCCUUGCUGCUGGCUCUCGAGAGGUCGUCGUGUACACGACGAUCAAUCGAGAGGGCGAGGCGGACGAUGCAGCGCACGUCCUUCGGAGAUGGGUUACCAUCUUCCACGAGUUCAGCUUCGGCGGGCCGCAACGGAUCAAUGCGAUAUGCACUAACUCCGCUUCUGCCUAUGUGGGGGCUGCGAGGGCAUUGACCUCGCCGUCCAUACCUCCUGCACUGAGGAGGAUCACUUGGCUCCCGUGCUCCGACACUCUGCAGGACAUGAUGCGAGGGGACGACACGGGGGUUUUUGCUUCCAUCUCGUGGUUCGCCGAUGUGUGCGUCAUGGCGUGUUGGGUGCGCCGACAGAUCAGAUGGGAUCCAUGGUGGCAGAGGGUGGCCACCAUCGUUCAUAUCAUGCAGCCCGUCAUAGAGUUGCUCAGGCGGAUGGAUCGUGGAGGACAGUACAUGUCCCUCAUGAUUGAGUGGACGCAGGAUCUUGUCCGCCGUGUCACGGUCGCAUGCGCCCCUUUGGGGAAGUCGUUCGCCGAGCAGAUCAUCAGGCGUGUGCAGGCUCGCACACAGCACAUGCUUGAGCUGGCUCACUGCGCAGGGUUCUUACUGAACCCCCGCAGGCGACACGUUCGCUACUUUUCGGGGCAGGUGGAGCGGUACGAUGCUUGGCUUGUGGAGCAAGCCAAGAGGUACAUUCUGACGCAGACGGGAUUCGAGUUGGAGGGUGCGGAGUACAUCCUUGCACGUCAGCAGUUUGAGGACUUCCACAUUCAGCAGGGCAGGUUCGGGGAUUGGGGCGGGCCGGAGGAGCGUGCUCGUGGGCGCGCGUACAACGGCGACAGCGAGACAAUUGAGUGCGGGUCUUGGUGGUCUCAGUUCGGGUCGGGCGCGCCAGAGUUGCAGCGUUGCGCUCUUCAGGUGAUGCACAUGUGGUCUUGCGCCUCUCCAGCAGAGAGGAACUGGGCAGUCCACAAGGGCAUUCACACGAAGAAGCGCAACCAGUUGGCCUUCGAGAAGGUCGUGCAACUCGUUGAGAUCACCGCAAAUGUGCGGUUGACUGAGUAUGAGCGGGCUGGAUGCGGUUAUGUGCUGCCAUGGCAGCGGGACGUGGGCAUGCUGGAUUGCAAGGCAGGACUCGAGUUGGAGCCUGUGCGCUCGGGGACUCGCAGGAGGAUGACGGAGGAGGAGAUCGCCCGUCAGGUUGCACUUAUUACCCGGGAUCCCAUCGGGGCGUCCGCACCACCCUCGGCUGAUGCCGUUUUCGAUAGACGUGAUUGCAUUUUUCGUCCCUACCCCAGGGAGGACGACUCAGACGAGGAGCCGAUACCCGAGGCGGCAGAUGACCGAGGAGGGGGCACCUUCGGCAGCAGCAGUGGAGAGUUCGACGGCACCAGCGGCGGUGCCGGACGCGACGAUCGCAGCCGCGGUGGAGGAGAUAGCAGCAGCAGCAGCAGCAGCAGUGCAGUGCUGGAGGAAAUGGUAGCAUCAGUGCUGGAGGAGGAUCCACCAGCGGCAGGAGGAGGUGCAGCAGUGGAGGGGCAGGUGGCAACAACAGGAGGAGCAGGUGGAGGAGCAGCAGCAGUGGAGGUUGAGGUGGAAGCAGCAGUGGAGGAGGAGGAGGCACCGUCGACAGCUGCAGUGGAGGAGGAGAUAGCCGCACAAGCCGAGGUGCAGCGUAGGGGCGAUGACGAGCGCCUCAUGCAGCAGUUCCUCACGGAGGAGCUCGAUCCGGCUAUAGCGGGUAUGACCCCGGGUGUGGAGAGGGGGGUUGGGAUUUCAGAUUCGGAGAUGGGGACCCACUUAGACUUAGAUUUGUCGGUGGGCCUUCCACCCAGUUGCGCCAGUGUGAGGAAACCCGGGGAGGGGUCGCCUACCGUUCGCCGGAGCCAAGGGCAACGACGCCUGUCACUCGCCGUGCCCGCUUCCGAGGUCUUCAGCGAUCAGCAGGGUUAGUGGAGUUCGUUUUGGCUGUCACGCCCCCUCUCGGAAAUGCCCUGAGCAUCGGAAAUCCCUUGCUAUAACCCAGCUCAUUUUUCAACGGCAGACAAAACUUUCACCAGUUCAUUCUGGAGUCUGAGCCCAAAGAACAUCGGGAGUUCAAAAAGGCAAAUAAACAAUAAGUUGUGCGGUCAGCAUGACAAGGCCCCGUUUACGGGGGAGAGCGAGAAGUUGCAGCAAGUCAAACAAAGCCCUUUCAGCAGC